UCUCAUUUCUAGAACUGUCUGCAUCUUCUUUACUUACACUGUAGAGUGAUGACGAUGGUAAGCUGGUGAAUCGCCAUCAGGUCAUCACACCACAGCAUACAUCACCACACUUCCUUUUUCAGCUUAUCGGAACACAUGCAACCUCCUCUUUCGUUAUGCCCGCCUAUCGAUCACCUGUGAAGGGGAACUGGUACUUGCCCUGCGAUUACGCAAGGCUUAGUCGAAUCACACCAAUCGGUCUAGACAUCUCAUCACAUCGUAUCACCUGGAGAGACACACGCAAGGUAACGCGACACAAAACAGACUUGGGAGACGAAGUUUUCAUUCUGAGAUUAAGAAAUUACCAGUCGAGACUGUGUAUCGUGGUUGUGUGUGUCCACACAAGACCCUUCCCAGCCGCCCUGUCGAGGUCCGAGAAAACCAUCGCCCAACAAAAGAAAAAGAAAAGGCUCAAGUAUUCUCUCUCCAUCUCAUUCCAUCUCCUCUCAUCACUCCACACUCUUCCAUGCCCAUCCAUUUAUAUCCCGUCCAUCUUUCUCCAUCUCCCCACGCGUCUAGAACAGACAGUCCAAGCAACAACAGCACGCCAGACCAGCGCACAACCCCGCGAACAGUCCUCCACCCCCAUCCUUCUUCCGGUCGUCCUGGUAGUAGCCUCCCUGCGGCGGUGGCGGCCCCUGCUGGUAGUACAUGCCCUGCUGCGGCUGGCCAUAGCCCUGGCCUUGUGGAGGGCCGUACUGGCCUUGUGGAGGACCAUACUGGCCCUGCGGUGGUCCGUACUGGCCCUGAGGAUAUUGGCCCUGAGGCGCUGGCGAGCCGUAGUAUCCUUGGUUUGCGGGGACGACGGGGCCAGCGUCGUAGUGCACGGGGGCUGGCGCCGAGGGGUAGUUGGGCGGCGCGCCUUGGUUGUCCUGCGUGUGCGUGUUAACAAACGUCCUUUCAACCGGUUUGCGAGCCUUUGCGGCUGAGGAGUAAGGAUGCUGGACAGUCGCAUUGCUGUCGGUCUGUCUGGCGAUGUGAUGCGAUGACUAACGAGGGAGACGUACGUAUUGCUUAUUGUGAUCCAUCUUCGCUUAUAUUUUCUUUAUCCUUUCCUUCCAAAAACCUCGUCCGUUGAGUGCAGUGAGAGAGAAAGAGUCGUAGAAAGCUCCUCGUCGGAGACAAACGCGUGCGGAGCUGUUUCCGAGGUCUUCAGCUGAGCUUUGGUGUCGGUGGCUUGGGAGCUUGGGGAAGCUUGUGAUCUACGGAUUGCAAUCUAAGCUGACUUUUCCAAAUUCUCACGUUCUUUCAAAGUCCGUGAGAACACGCAAUGAAGAGAACA